GACAGAGCCUCUCUCUGAAUAUGCCUUCGGAUCAGAGCACUUGGCUCAUCGCAGCACCUCAGGAUGGUGACUCAGAUGGAUUGCUGCAGGAACUCCACACAAAGCUCUCACAGCAGUCCAAGUCUUUCUCCUAUAACAACAUCGGUCAAUUAUAUAUUCCAUCCUUCAAGACAGGGACAUUGGACUCCCUAAUUGCUCUCUCAGAAGAACUUCCGAAACAGGAAGCGUUCUUCACCGCAACUGUCGCGAAGAUCGUAGAGACACUGCGUAACUUGCUAAACAAUGAUCCAGCCAAGCUCUCGCAGCACAUCUUAGUGGACGAACGAAACGUAGAUGAUUAUGUACUCAAGGAAUGGAGAUGGAAUGAUGGACGCUAUGGCGUGCAACGGGGGCUUAGGGAGAUAGUUGAAGUAUUGAACAAGGAGAUGACUUCCAUUGAUAAUGUCAUGAAGACAAAGCUGAACAGUUACAACCUUGCGAAGGGCUCCCUUACACAAAUGCAGCGCAAGAAGACAGGAAAUCUAUCUGUGCGGUCGCUUGUGGACGUCGUCAAACAAGCAGACUUCAUCCAGGACUCAGAAUACCUGGAGACACUGCUAGUGGCCGUUCCAAAAAACUUGAUCAAAGAAUGGAACGCGAAAUACGAACGACUGACGUCAAUGGUCGUACCUCGCUCUGCAUCAUCUGUUUCAUCAGACGACGAAUAUACUCUAUUUUCGGUGGUCAUAUUCCGGAGAGUGCAUGACGAGUUUGUCCAGAAAUGCAGAGAGAACAAAUAUCUUGUGCGAGAGUUCCAUUUCUCCGAGGAGUCGCUCUUGAAAGAGCGGGAGGAUCUGGUCACGGCAGACACCACAGAGAAAGAGCUUUGGACCGAGCUCCUGCGAUUGUCACGGACGAAUUUCUCUGAAUCCUUUCAGAUCCUCGUCCACCUUAAAGUCGUCCGCCUCUACAUCGAGAGCGUUCUCAGAUACGGCCUUCCAGCUAACUACAUCGGGCUGGCCAUCAAGCCCGAACCCAAAGCGACUAAGCGGACGCUUGCCCUCUUACAUGAAUACUUCGCCUACUUGUCUCCGCGGUCCGGCAGCAAGAAUUCGAGCGGCGCUAGCGUCGGCGCUGAUGAUUUCGUGGGGGAAUACCAGACGUUGCUGGAACAGGAAUAUUUCAAUUUUGUUUUGUACGAGGUACCGUGGAUCGUGAAUUGAAGCCGAAUAGUCGUCUGUAUAGUGUUAUUUUUCUGUCCUUGAUCGUCUUACUUUGCGACUUACGGCCAAUAAGGCUCGAAGUCUACGUCUGUUCUUCACCACCAGAC